AUGGUCGACGCUUGUCGGCAACGAACCAUAUCCGGAGAAGGAGGAGGCGGCGGCGGCGGCGGCGGCGGCGGCGAGGGCGUGCAGGGAGCACCGUUCACCGGCUGCUGGGGGCGCGGCGUCUUGAUAGGCCAGGGCGAGUCGUUCCAGGCGGACCGUGAGCUGCCCAAGUAA